UCAAAAAAUCAGUAUGUUUCACAAUUGUCAUUUCUAAAUUUCUAAGUAUGUUUAAAAAUCAUGGCACCUAUUUAUUUAGAAAUCACUUUAAGUAUCUUCGCUUGGACAACAUAUUAUUACAUAGUACGAUUACUAACAAGAAAGAAAUCCACAGAAUUCACGAUACGAGUACUAGCUUUAACACAUGGAUUAAUCACAUCUAUUCUUGGUACUCAUCAAUGCUUCCAAGGUGAUGAAUAUCCAAUUUUUCGCCCGUUAGAACAAACAACACAGCUUCAAAGAUUAAUUUUAUUAAUUAGCACUGGUUAUUUUUAUGUGGAUUUAUUUUGGUGUUUGUACAAUCAAACGGAAACGAAAUUAAUGUUAACCCAUCAUCUUUGUAGUUGUGUGGCACUUACAAGAAUUUUAUACAGAGGAGUUACAGGUGGCCAAGCUUGUUGUAGCUUGGGAUUCUUGGAAAUAACGAAUCCUUUAUUACAAUCACGAUGGUUUAUAAGAUCAUAUGGUUACCACAAAACCCCAUUAUUUGUUGCAGUUGAAAUCACAUUUAUUGUAACAUAUUUUAUCGUCAGAAUCAUCAUUGGUACCAUUUACUUCGGAUUCGCCAUAAUGCAAAAGGAGAAUUGGUGGGAAUACGCUUUAUAUUCAAUUUCAUUGUACGUUAUGUCCUGGCUGUUUCUUAUCAAUAUUAUAUUUUAUUUGAACAAUAAAUAUCAACGGAAAAAAGUUUUACCAGCUACUGAUUCAAAAUCGGUUUUAGCUAAUGUAUCACAAGAAGUUGAACUCGCUAGAUCUGCAACUUUGGAUAAAACCGGAAGAAUAACUGAGAUUGAAAACGAAUAAAACCAUUUUUGAGUUAUUUAUCGGGUUUUAAAUUAUUUUCUUUAAUUCUUUGCAUUAAAAUGAAUAAAAGGCUGUGUGCGUCAUCUGUUGGAACAUAAUUGAAAUGAUAUGAGAAAACUAGAAAACUGUUGUCUUUUGUGUUAUACGCAUUUCAAUAAGCAAAUUGGUGUAAUAAAGGUUGUCUAAUCGAAA